AUGGCCACGAGUAGAGUCUCACAUGUCUUAGGGUUUCUUCUAUGUUUCUCUCUUCUCAUCUUCGUCUCUAAAGGGAUAUUUGGUGAUUUCAGCUCGAUAGCCAUAAACCAUUUCUCUUGUCCGGUUCUUAGCUCGCCGUCUUUUCACUAUCGGCCGGGAAGAAAAGCUUUGACGGUGAGGAAGUUUGACUUCACACCGUUCUCGAAAGAUCUUCGCCGGAAACAUCACCGGGAAGUUUCGUCGCCGGGAGGAUCUGAGAUCGACCCAAGAUAUGGCGUUGAGAAACGACUCGUCCCAUCUGGUCCAAACCCCUUGCACCACUGA